AGAGAAAUCCUCUGCGAAGACAUGUCGACCCCGCGUCCGCACCAGCGCCUGGGCGACACGGCCUGGAGCAAAAUGCCCAAAGUGAACGGCGAGUUGUUCGCGCUGACGUACGGCUCGCUGGUCACGCAGCUCAUUAAGGACUUCGAGGACCUCAAAGUUGUGAACCAGCAGCUUGACAAAAUGGGCUAUAACAUUGGCGUGCGACUCGUAGACGAGUUUCUGGCCAAGUCUGGAGUGAGCAACUGCCAGGACUUCAAGGAGACGUCUGAGGUGGUUGCCAAGGUGGCCUUCAAGAUGUUUCUGGGCAUUAACGUGGAGGUUGCCCAGUGGAACACCGAGGGCACAGCCUGUAGUCUCCUGAUCUACGACAAUCCGCUCACAGAAUUUGUGGAGCUGCCGCCAAGCGCGUACGGUGUGUUGUGGUACUCGAACGUGCUCUGUGGCGUGCUACGAGGCGCAUUGGAGAUGGUGCAGAUGCGCGUAGAGGCGCAGUUCGUCAAGGACGUGUUGCAAGGAGACGAAGUAUCGGAGAUCCGGUUGGAGCUGAAGGGCAUGAUAGAAGAAGCGAUGGGAGAUGAGUACAAGGAAGAUUAAUUGCCUCCUUGACAACGAGAAGUUAUUUUCUUUCGUCUUUUGCCUGGCUGACAUCUGAUGAUGGGGUCGUGUCGGCGGCAAUGACAAAACACGGGGUGUUUUCAAAUAAUUGCCAAAAGACGUGGUGAUGGGCGUGGCU